UGAUUUGGCGAUACAAAUUUGUAUGUAUUCGGGAAUGUUUACACGGAAAUGGACUUUAGGAAACUCCGCGGGGGUGUCACGAGCACACUGACAUGUGAGAACAGCGUCUAAAGUUCCACACCUGCGCAGCCGUAGUUACAUAACUACACAUGAUGGCGGACUUCCUUCUCCUGACUAAGGUCCUGCUGUACGCUGCUGCCGUGGUGGGCGGCCUUGCUGUAGCAGUGACUGUAGGUCUCACAGCCGCCAACUUUAAGGGAUGCUGUAUCCUGUACGCGCCCAUCGUCGAGGACACGGCCCCGGACUACCAGUGGCUGAUCAAAUGCAGCUCAAACUCCAACUGCCACUUCCCGAUCGGGGUGGGCGUAGCUGCCGUCGUGUACGGAGUGAUCUAUGGAGGUUACUGCACAUACACGCUCAUCAGCCGGGAGCGGAAUGGGAAGGACAUGGUGCUCCUGCCCUCGCUGGUGUUGAAUGGCGGCCUCAGCUUCCUGACGCUCGUGUGCGGUGCCAUGGUGUCGGUGGGCUACAACAACUUCUGCGCACAAGUCAAGAAAGUCAUCUAUUACGGAUAUGAUUAUGGCACCUGCAGCUACUACCAGAGCUCUCCCGGGUACCCGAAGGGUAAUAACGAUGGCAUGCCGUUCCACACCUUCAUGACAGUGGCCCAGAUCUCGCUGUGGGCGCUGUUCGGGGUGUGGCUGGUCCUCACGGGGCUCACCGUCCUGCGGCUGCGGCUGAACUCCCGGGAGGGCAGACCGGCAACCCUGCCAUGGAAGCGGUCUGGCAAUUAUGACAUGACGUCACCGGUAAUUUAGCCCACCUUGGCAGUCGGAUGUCGUGUCUCGAAUCUGGAGUCCAAUGCGGCGACGACUCACUCUUUGAAUUGAGUUAUUUUGUGACAAGAAGUUCUCCGAAUACUGUACUAAUUAUUACAUGUAUCUCUCAUAGAUACAAAGAAUGAUAAUACAAUAAAGUGAAUAAGCCCUUGC